AUGGUGCUGCUUCGAUUCUUGGCAUUUCUGUCCUACUGCUCGGUCGCUCUGGCCUUGACCUACAAGGGCGUCGACUGGUCCUCCGUUCUUCUUGAAGAACAGAAGGGCAUCCAAUACACUGCCGGUGGUUCCGCUCAGCCACUUGAGAAGAUCCUCGCCGCAAAUGGCGUCAACUCAGUUCGCCAGCGAGUCUGGGUGAACCCAUCCAAUGGCGACUACAACCUCGACUACAACCUCAAGCUCGCCAAGCGUGCCAAAGCCGCGGGCCUCAGCGUCUACUUGACACUUCACUUCAGCGACACUUGGGCUGAUCCUGGUCACCAAGCGAUCCCCUCGGGAUGGCCGACCGAUAUCGAUAACCUGGCCUGGCGGCUGUAUAACUAUACUCAACAAGUCUCCAACGCGUUCCAGUCUGCUGGUGUUCCGCCUGCCAUCAUCUCCAUUGGCAAUGAGAUCACAGCCGGCCUCCUCUUCCCCACUGGCUCGACCAAGUCUUACUACAACAUCGGACGCCUUCUCAAUUCCGCAGCCUAUGGUAUCAAGGACUCUUCUAUCAACCCUAAGCCCAAGAUCAUGAUUCAUCUCGACAAGGGCUGGGACUGGGGUACCCAGGAAUACUUCUAUACCCAAGUCCUCAACCAAAAGGGUCUUACUCUCGGUGCCUUCGAUGCCAUGGGUGUUUCAUACUAUCCUUUCUACGGAUCUGGCGCCACUUUCUCUGCUCUCGAAACAUCUCUUACAAAUAUGGCCAACAAAUGGGGCAAACAGAUCUUCGUCAGUGAGCUUGAUUGGCCGACCUCGUGUCCGUCGCCAGCGCAGCCCUUCCCAAGUGAUAUGAAGAAUAUACCAUUCUCUGCCGAUGGCCAGACGCAGUUCAUCAAGAAGGUGGCCAGCAUUGUUAGUAAGGUCAAGGGAGGAGCUGGACUAUACUACUGGGAACCUGCUUGGAUGAACAACCAGGCCCUUGGCUCAUCUUGUCCCUCGAACACCUUGUUCUCAUGGCCUGGCAAGGCACUGUCGAGCCUCUCUGUAUUCAAGAGCAUUUAA